AUUACUUUAUGACGUCAGGAAUACCUCACCGCGAAGAGCAGCCCACUGGCGGUGAGCAGGGAGCCGUGGAGGAGGAUAUGAGGAGCAAUCGUGGAAGAGGACUCAGUCCGACCUUGUCUGGCUCACAGUCACGCCUGGACGUGGAAACACCGCAGAAAUAGUUGGCGGUGUUUAAUGCCCCUUCAGGCUCAUCCAACUUUGGCCUUCAUUCAUGUUUUUUUAUCGCAACAAGUCAUGUCUGGGUGAUGUGCACAGGAAUAGUCACUACCCCAACCUCUUCCGCAUAUUGGAUUUCUAUGCAGAGAGAAGGUCGCCGAUGUCGCUUUAAGGAUUCGGGAAAAGAACACAGCUGCUGACACGGACUCAGUAUUUUUUUUUUUUUUUUUUUUUUUACUUUUUUUUUUUUUUUUAACUAACGCACCAUUUGCGCCCUGCGUGGGAAAUUACGGCUUUCACAGCUUCCAUCUGAAUAUAACCGAGUUUGGGAGAAAAGCCUGUGCAGAUAUCUGUCUGUGCAGCACACUAAUGCAACCAUGAAGCAUUUGAUUUAGAACAUCAUCUGUCUCCACAAAAAAAAAAAAAAAAAGAAGUGCCAAAUUAAGCCGUAAUGGAGUAUAAUCGCAAUAUUGUGGAAAAGUAUAUCUGCCAUAAACUCUCCAAACGGGGUUACGCGUGGGGUUUUCACGACGUCCGGGAUGAAGAUGCUGCUAAUAAUGGGUCAAUAGUUGCCCCUUCUCCGACUUUGGUGCGCCGGUGCCGUGAAGCCAACACCGGGCCUGACACCGACAGCAUCCCCCCACUCCUGUGCAAGCGGCUCCCCCAGUCUGACCCCCACGCAGACAUCCACAGAGUCCUGCGUGAGGCUGGGGAUGAACUUGAAAGACUGUAUCAACCAGACUUCACGGAGAUGUCUCGUCAGCUGUAUCUGAGCUCCACCACGGCGCAGAGGAGAUUCGCCGAGGUGAUAGACGAACUGUUCCGGGACGGGGUGAACUGGGGGCGCAUUAUCGCUUUUUUCGAGUUCGGGGGCACCGUGUGCGUGGAAUGCGCAGCCAAGGAGGAUAUGACAUCGCAGGUAGACAACAUCGCGGAGUGGAUGACGGAGUAUUUAAAUGGACCUCUUAACAGCUGGAUACAAGACAACGGGGGAUGGGAUGCCUUUGUGGAGCUGUAUGACAGACAGAGGGACUCCGUCUUCUCUUGCUCCUGGCCUUCCAUCAAGACGGUCUUCGGUCUGGCAGCGCUCGGAGCCGCGAGCCUCACCAUCGGAGCGUACCUUACACAGAAGUGAACGAGUCCUUUUCCCAUAAGUCCAACUUUACUUCUCACCCUCUUCCUCCUCUUCUUCCUCCUCCUCCUCUUCCUCCUCCUGGUGCCUCUCCAUUUUCCUUUAAAGACGCCCCUGACCCUCAGAGACAACCUUCAGACUCUUCUAAAUCCGACUCUCUUCAAAGCCUUCCUCUCAGAAGCCCCCUCCUGUUGGCCCCUCCAUGUCAAAACAGACACAAAUCAAAACAAAACAACUGAAAGGAAACGGAGUCAGAGCCCAUAUGGAGAAAAGGAUGGUUUAGAUGUAAUCACACUCGGUGGAGUACGGCUGAGGAGUGAGGAGGGAUCAGGCGCAUGCAUCUUUUUGCUUUUCUUUAUUCCUGCCUGUUCUGUAAUAGUUAUCGCAUGGACGUUGAGUGUUAGUGUAGACGUUGCAUGUGUCACCGGGGCUCGUGCAGGGCCGCGAUGAUGGCAGCGCAGGGACGAUGAUGACGAUGAUGAUGAUGAUGAUGCCCCUCGCUGGAGAGGAAGUGGCCACUGCCCGGCCCCUGCUUGUUAGGGUGAAGAACCCCGUUUGAACUGUGGACUCCAGUUCUCCCCCCCACAUACAGCCGUUCUUCAAAGGUUCACGUAACAGCUGCUCAGAAUGCAUAAUGGAAACGGCUUGCAGCAACCAGCUCCGUAUGUGUGUGUGUGUGUGUGUGUGUCUACUGCUUUCAAGACACACCGUUAUAUCCACACUCCCUGGCCUUUAACAGACGAAGGGCCAGAGAAGGACUGAGCUUGGCUGAGCUCCUUUGUAUGUUUUGUUGAAAGCUCCUUCAUUGGGAUUUGUGAAGGAGCUUUCCAAAGUUGGUUUAAAUUUUUUGCCGCACACCAAACACUCAAUCCUGUGUCUUCACCACAGAAGAAGAAGAAGAAGCGGAGAAUGAAAACUUUCAAGGAGAGAAAAACAUGCACACUAGCUGAAGGUGCCUGCUGUUGCAGAAAAAUGUCAUAUGCUGAUGAAUAUCCUGAGAGAACUGUUGAGCACAGCACAAAAGAGUGAGGUAGAAGUAAAAAAAAAAAACAAAAAAACAUUUCAUUUAGCAUUAAAAAAAAAGGGAGUAAGCCCCGACGACGAAGAUUUUAAAUCAGCAUUCCUCAGGCGAAGUGAACAGGAUCGCUCCUCUGCUAAAUUAUUCCCACGGAAACUCAAAUAGUCAUCGUUAUCAGCAUACCCAGCAAUUCGAAGAGCUGUCAGGUCUUUUCUAUUUUCUACCUCUGUUGCAGUUUCAUUACGUUUCACUUUGUCCAUUUCUGGUCAGAUUGUUUUGGGCUAAUCCAGGUUUCAGAGCUGUCAACACACGUCCUCCAGCUGCCAAAUGGGGGGACACAGAGGGCCCCACGGAGACGGGUAACGCUAGAACCCACUGUGACAAAGACAGUUGUCGACGUGGACCCAGAAAAACCUGGCUCGCUCCUGUGGCCACAUGUGACUAAAGUGGACGAGUGGCGGCAGCAGGGUUUCAGCCUGUGGGUCCCGUGUGCAGGAACCUGAGACGUCCCUUCUCUCGAAUUCAGUCUCCAAAUGCAACAUCGAUUUUGUUCUUUUCAGCCUGUUUUAUUGAUGUCUGUCUUGUGUUACAGUCUGACAGAAAAUUUGGGAACAGUUCCAAAAUAUUUUCUCAUAUAUUUGGCAGAUUGAUGAUGGAAAAGUGAUUUUUUCCCCCCUUUCUGUCAUUGAAAUCUUUGAUUUCUUUGCAUGGAUGAAAGAUGGUGUCUUCAAACAAAAGAACCUUCACUAUGUGUAACCAUAUUUAUAUCAGAGUAGGGUAGGAGAUAACAUUACAACAAAGGAGUUGCAUUUUCUAUUUAUUGAGAGGUACCAGAUCACAGAUUUUUUUUUUUUUUUUAACAGUUCUCUAAUUUUAAAGAAAUCAACUGUUUCACUUGUUUCUCUUCUAUGGAAUCACACUGUAACUACAUUAUUUUCUGGCUGCUAUUGUAACAAGAAAGAUGUUUUGAAAGUGAAUUUCUGUGUUGUAUUAAUUUUGGCUUAAGGCUGCUCUACUGUCGAUUUAACUUUUACUUAACAGCUUAAACUGCCACAAAUUUACAGUAUAGUUCUAGAGAGCUGGAAACCAAAGUUAACUUGUAUUAAUCAUUCAUUAAAAAAAACAAAACAAA